UUUCCAUAGAAGUUUCAUGAUUUUCGGCCGGUGUUUUCGACCAAAUCGAUUCUUUUCUUCUUUGAAUUUGAUCGCGUUUCGCAGUCUCUGGAAGAGAACGUACCGUGCCUCCAUUAGGAUGGAUCCUAGCUUGACUGCAAAGGAUUUACGACAGAUGUUCGUGGAUUUCUUUGUGGAGAAAUACGAACACACCUUUGUCCCUUCCUCGUCUACCAUUCCACAUGAAGACCCAACCUUGCUGUUUGCAAAUGCUGGGAUGAAUCAGUACAAGCCACUCUUUUUGGGAACUGUGGAUCCAAAUAGUGAUCUGUCCAAACUCAAGCGUGCUGUAAACAGCCAGAAGUGUAUCCGUGCAGGUGGUAAACACAAUGACUUGGAUGAUGUUGGCAAGGAUGUCUACCACCAUACAUUCUUUGAAAUGUUGGGAAAUUGGUCUUUUGGAGAUUACUUUAAAAAAGAGGCCAUAGAGUUUGCUUGGGAAUUACUAACAGUGAAGUAUGGCAUGCCAAAAGAUAGUCUUUAUGUGACAUACUUUGGAGGUGCAGAAGGCCUUGAAUCUGAUGAAGAUACCCGACAGUUUUGGCUUGACAUGGGUAUUCCACCUGAACGAGUCCUCCCGUUUGGUAUGAAGGACAACUUUUGGGAGAUGGGCGAGACUGGUCCGUGUGGACCUUGCUCUGAGAUUCACUAUGACAGGAUUGGUGGGCGUGAUGCUGCCUUUCUUGUGAACAUGGAUGACCCCACCGUCCUUGAAGUGUGGAACCUUGUGUUUAUACAGUUUAACAGGGAAUCGGAUGGCAGUCUCAAAACCUUGCCAAGCAAACACGUAGAUACUGGUAUGGGAUUGGAACGUUUAACAUCUAUCACUCAGGGAAAGAUGUCCAACUAUGACACAGAUCUCUUUCAACCAUUUUUUGAAGCAAUUCAUAAGGCCACUGGCAUCAGACCAUAUCAGGGCCUUGUAGGUGCUGAGGACAAAGAUGGCAUUGACAUGGCCUAUAGAGUUGUUGCUGAUCAUGUCAGGACACUAACAAUGGCCAUCACAGAUGGCGGUAAACCCGACAACACCGGCAGAGGGUAUGUGCUAAGGCGGAUAUUGAGAAGAUGUGUUCGUUUUGGUACAGAGAAGCUCAGUGUGCCUCCUGGAUUUAUUGCUUCCUUGGUGACAGUGGCUGUUGAUUCCCUGGGUGACUUCUUCCCUGAAUUGAAGAAAGACCCGCAACUGGUAAGUAGGACUGAACUUGCAAGAGGAAAAGGCUCUGGUAGUGAUGAUGCAAUCACUCUUGAUGUACAUGCAAUUAACAAGUUGCAAAAGGACUUCAUUCUCACACCAACAGACGAGAGCCCCAAAUAUAUUUACCAGUCUGACUCAGAAGGAAAUUAUGUAUUUGAGCCAGUGAUUGGUACAGUGAAGGCAAUCAUGUUUGAGAAAGAGUUUGUAAAUGAGGUAACCAGUGGCAGUCACUGUGGAGUUGUAUUGGACAGAACAUGCUUCUAUGCUGAACAGGGCGGCCAGAUAUACGACCAGGGGUUCAUGGUCAAAGAAGGUGAUGAUGUAAGUCACAAGAUCUUUAAGUUAAAUAUGGGUGAUCAACUUUUAGUUUCUCCUAAUAUGCGUUCUUCUGUGCAGGUUUACCCUGAUCCAGUCCGUGUGUUGUCGAUUGGCGCUUCAUUUGAUGACCUGCAAGAUGAUCCUCAGGCCGGAUACAAAUACUCUGUUGAGUUCUGCGGGGGAACGCAUCUGCAGCGCACAGGACACAUGAAAUCAUUCGUCCUCGUGUCCGAGGAAGCCAUUUCUAAAGGAAUCCGAAGGAUCGUGGCGCUUACAGGACCGGAGGCACUGAAGGCCGAGAAAAAAUGUAACGCUCUGGAGGAACGGGUUGAAAACAUUCAGAAUUUGGUGCAGCAGAAGAUGAAGGAAGGAAGUUUGAAAAUCAAGGAAACUUCCCAAGAAAUAUCAAGAAUUGGCGAGGAUAUUUCCGCUGCCGUUAUCUCUGCCUGGCGUAAAGAUGAAAUGCGAACAAAACUGAAAGCGGUUAAGAAACUUGUCGAUGAUGCUGACAAAGCAACAAAGACUGCCUUGCUGCAGCAGGCAGUGGACAAAGCCAAGGCUAUGAUUGAAGCAGAUCCCAACAGAUCUUAUGUUGUUGAUGUAUUUGAAGCCGGCUCAAAUCAGAAGAUUCUCGACGCUGCGCUGAAACAGUUCAAGAACCUGGCUCCUAAAACUGCAGCUCUUCUGUUCAGUGUUGACGAAGAAAAUUGCAAGAUUAUUUGCCUGGCCCAAGUACCCAAGGAAGUUAUUCAGCAAGGUCUAAAGGCAGAUGAGUGGGUGAAGUCUGUGGCGGGGUUGAUAGGCGGCAAAUGUGGCGGAAAAGAUGUGUCUGCGCAGGGAUCUGGGCCCAACAUUGGCUGCGUCAAGAAAGCAGUGGAAACCGCGACUCAAUUUGCUCAGCAAAAACUUUAAAUUCGAAGUACGUUGAGUUGAAUUUAGGAAAUAAUUUCCAAGACACUGGACUGUGUGUCGUUGGAAACGUCACAUAUUUAAAAUGUUAGGCUUUGUGAAGCUAACAAUUCAGGCCCAUCUCCCUCGUAAAGCAAUUUCUAUAGGAAUAGUAAAACACUUAUAAUAAAAAUUUUAUAAAACCGGCCAAAGCGGCAAAGCUGCUCAGUCGAACCCCGACAUAUUUUGUAUUUAACAAGGCCAUAAACCCGGCAGCUCUUAGGCCAUCUGUUAAAAAUUAAAAAUAAAAAUACCUUGACUUUGUUUGACUGAUAACAAACUCUACUGGAGUGCUAAACUUUAUUUUCAUCUGACUCUGUUUUCACUUACUGAACGAUAUGGUGUCAGUUUUUCAGUGCUGCUGUUCUUCUUCAUCCAGUCUCCUUUGUUACACAUUACAAAACUCUAAGGUAGUAGGUAAUUGUGACAUUUUGUGGAUGGUAUCGGCAUGACGUUCUCGCGGUAGAAAGCGUGCCAAAUAUGGUAUUUACAGCAAUUUUUCCCUGUAAAGUAAACCAAACUUGCCAUGCCCACCUCCCAUAUACGGUAUAAUGGCUGGUGACCGAGAAUCAGUGAACCAAUCAGAAAGAAGUCUUUGCACAUCCGCCCCCUCUAGUUAGAAAUGCAAAAUAAAGGUGACAAAAAUGAGUUGUUACGAAA